GCGGAACCCGCUGGCACUAGGGAAAGCUUUCCAACACACAAUCCACAGCACAGCUUGGGAACUGAAAAAGCUACAGCCACUCAGCUCUAAGCAUGGAAGAAUCAUGUGCAUUCUCUCACCACAAAGAGGAAGAAAAAAGCUAAAAUGAUCAAUUUUUAAAUAGAAGAACUCAAGAAUUUGAAGGCAGAAUUUAAAAGGACAACUACCUGCUGGAAAGGGAGCUUUUUCCUCUCCAAAGCACUGACUUUGAUGUAUGACAACUGAUCACUGAUCAGAUUACAGGCAUUUGGUCUCAGUGCUCGUCUGCCUUUGAUCUGCAUGGUUAAUUUUAUUUUCCUGCAUUUGGAGUUUCGUCUGGGCUUGUGCUGACAUACUUUUUUUUAAAGGAGGUAAAAGCAUUUAAUACAGUAGCUGGCAGUGUAAAAUUAAGCUGCAAAAAGGUUGACUAUUGGAAAAAACUUCAGCCGAUAGCAGUUCUUCAUAGGGGAAAGAUUUUAUAACAAAACAAUGGACACUGAAGGAUUACAAAGACUAAAUAAAAUACUGAAGAUGCUAAUGCUUCUGCUAGCAUAUUUGUUGAGUAGAGCAACUUGUGAGACGGGAGAUUGUAGAGAACAAGAAUUUAGGGAUCAUGCUGGAAACUGUAUUCUUUGUGAACAGUGUGGACCUGGAAUGGAGCUGUCAAAGGAAUGCGGCUUUGGAUAUGGGGAGGAUGCACAGUGCAUGACAUGCAGGCCAAACAGAUUCAAGGAGGACUGGGGAUUUCAGAAGUGCAAGCCUUGUCUGGACUGUGCACUAGUUAACCGAUUUCAGAAGACCAACUGCUCUGCCAUGAGCAAUGCAAUAUGUGGGGACUGCUUACCAGGAUUUUACAGGAAGACUAAGCUUGGAGGCUUUCAAGACAUGGAGUGUGUCCCUUGUGGUGAUCCCCCUCCUCCCUACGAACCUCACUGUACCACUAAAGUGAAUCUUGUGAAAAUCCCAUCAACUGCUUCCAGUCCUCGGGACACUGCUCUAGCAGCUGUUAUAUGUAGUGCACUGGCUACAGUCCUCUUAGCUCUUCUCAUCCUUUGUAUUAUCUACUGUAAGAGACAAUUUAUGGAAAAAAAGCCAAGCUGGUCUAUGAGAUCACAAGAUAUUCAUUACAAUGGUUCUGAACUGUCAUGUUUUGACAGACCACAGCUUAAUGAAUAUGAUCACAGAACAUGUUGCCAAUGCCAAAGAGUCCCAUCACAGACAUGUGGGCCGGUUCAUUUGAUUCCAUCACUGUGCUGUGAUGAAGCCUGUAGCAUAGAGCACAGCAGUCACAGUUGCACUUUCCACUCUCAGACUACACUUCAUGAAAGGGUUUCAAAUUCUGUUGGAGAAAUGAUUCCUGCCUUUCUUGGUUCUCUUUCACAUACUGUCUGUGGAGAUCUGUCAGAUGUUUGGCCUCUUAUGAAAAACCCUACUUCUUGUGAUGGUAUCUCUUUCUGUGAAUCUUAUCCAGAACUGACUGGAGGAAGUACAAAUUCCUUCCAACCAGAGGCUGAAAACACAGUCAAUAUAGAUUCAGACAAUGAGCAGGAUCUAAGUGAUGUACUUAUUUCAGCUAAUUUUGACUCUGAAAAGUGUGCAGAAUCUAUUGAAAGUUCCAGACAUAGCACAUGUAUGGAUGCUUCAUUUAUGCAGGACUCAGCAGCUGCCGAAAACCAGCCAAUGACAGGGCAUGACAGAACUGUUAAUGUUUCUAUAGACUGAUAAAAAGGAAGCCACAAAUAUUUCUACUGGCACUAGAACUGCAUGCUGUCCUCGUCUUUCUUUGCUAAUGCUUGUGAAUAGAAAGUGGCCUGGUCCUCAAUGUUUCCUAGUUUCAAAAACAGCUGAAAUAAAUUGGCAGCAUUUUAGACCUUUUAGGCAGUUGCAUGUGAGCCAUAACAGCUGUAAGUUGAAACGUCAAGGAGCAAUUUGAGAGAAGACUGAAGGUGGAUUCAUGAUACUUUGCAGCUCUUCUAAACAACUAUCUUCUGUUCUUCAUGGGUGUUUGAAAAACAUAAUGGAUUGAGCUUGCAGCUAUGUAUAAAUACUAUAAGAAAUAGAAUUACAUUAGCGUGUUUAGACUGAUCUGUUAAACAUAGCUACAGAUGUCAGAUGGUGUGGGACAAAAGUUUGCCAGUUAUUCUGCUUGCAAAUUUAAGCUUGCAUUAGGUUUUUUUCCUGGCUGGCUGUAAUCUUAACUCACAUAUUUAUGUAAGGGUUAAAAAAUAAACAAUUCUAUUUAUGUAAGGAUCAUGCAUUAGCAAAUGGAAGCUUGUAUUGUAUUACACAUUAGCUAAAAAGCUGCUUUAAUGAAUCAAGGAAUUUGCAUAUCUCAAUAAUAUGUAUUUUUGAAGUCCCUUAAAAAUCACCUUUUUCUUAUGCCAGAAGAUUAGCCUUAAUUUAGACGUAGCUUUGGUGUACACAGCACAUUGGACUUGUAGCUAUAUCAUAUGACUCUAAAUGUUGAAAUAAUAACAUUGAAAUAAUGAACUCUCAUAUCAAUAUCAAAUUACAGUAGAUUUAGUAUGAAGCAUUCACACAGCUGAAAGUCACUGAAAGGUUGCCAACAGGGGACAGUUUUUAGAGGUUAGUCUACAAUACAUCAUAGGGUCGAUUUAAAAUAAGGUGACUUAACUAAGUUGACUUGACUAAGCUGACUUAAGCCACAUCGGGACAUACACACAUAUAGUUCCUUGACAUAAUGGUAGCAAUCUUGUGAGCCCUCCCCUGCAGUAGCCCCUGGCUAAGUUAAGUCAACUUUGCAUACACACAUGUUUAAGUCGACUUAAAGUCAACUUAACUAAUGCGACUCAAGAUAAUAUACCUUAGAGGUAUAUUACCUUGUGCUGCAUUUAAGUUGACUGUGCUCCACAUAUAUGUGUAUGCUCUGACAGUUAAAUCAACUUUAUUUAAAAUAAAUCAAAUAAAUCUUUAAUAAUCUUUUAUAAAAUAAAUCUUUAAAAGUUAAGUUACUUAACUGUCAGAAACCUAGUACAUGUGUAUGCACCCAUGGUGACCUAAUCCUUUUAUUCUACACAGACUUCUUUUUCAUCAAUGCCAACACCUCCUGUAAGUAUCUCCUGAAAUUUUCCACCUUCCUCACUACACACAAAAGUGAUUUGAUAGCAGUUGUUUAAAAAUACCAUUCAUCUGAACCACAAAACUACACAGAUGCCCAAACUGAGUAAGCUUAUUAUCUUAUGGCUGCAACUCUGGCACUUUCUCUAUAAUUUCUUAUCUAUAAAUUACAUUGCGUCUUAUACUGGCAUUUGUUCUGUAAAAAUCUUCUAUCAGAGGUACUAUUUUUUUCCUAUUGGGAGGAGUCCCAAUGAACUCCAUUAAAGUGUUACAUUAGGCAGGAUCUAGCUCUGAAAUCAUGAAUUCUUAUAAAGCAUUCAGUAUGCUCUUAGCAAAAUACAAGUUAUCAGCAAAAUGAUGCAAAUACAUGGUACAUUUUCUUCCUUGUUGUAAAUGAAUUGUACAACAGUUUGCAUACUAAUACAAUAUUCUCU